AUAGUGUUGGCAGUCUUGUAUUCACGAGAGCUUAACAAAUCACCUACUAACAGCCAGGAAGCGGAAAAGUACGAGAUCUGUGACGAUGAACAAUGUUUUAAUCUCGGCCUAGAACUGGUAAAGAACAUGAAUAAGAGCGUUGAUCCUUGCGAAGACUUCCACGCCUAUGCAUGCGGUGGAUGGGAAAGCAGACAUCCCUUGGAGGACAACGCAACAUUGGCAAUAACUUCACCAUCUAUUGUGUCUAACGAAAACAGCAACGUUCUUAAAAAGGCUUUGGAAUAUGCUCAUCUGAAUUAUUCAAAGAACGACGCUGUGAUGAAAAUGGUACGUGUGUACGACUCUUGUAUGAACACCACCGCGGUAGAUGCCCUAGGAUUACAGCCCCUCAAAGAUUUGAUCGAAGAAUAUGGCGGAUGGAGCAUUUCACAGAACUACAACCCAAAUGUUACCGUAGCGCAACGAAUUGGCAGAGCUGCACGUGAACUGAAUAUCGACUCUUUGUUUGGCAUGGAUGUGCGACCCUUUUUCUUAAACUCUGAUGUGAAUGUGCUAAUGUUAAAAGGGCUGGCAACAGGACUUAACAAAAGGGACUAUUUGGAUCAAGACGAAGACAGUGAAAAGAAACGUAAAGAAUACAAAAACUACAUGAAAGCUGUGAGUCAAAUCUUUAAUGUCUCGUACACCAAAAUGAAGGCAAUCUAUGAUUUUGAAGUAAAACUGGCUAAGAUUUCAAGUGGAAAAGACCCUGAUGCAGAGUUGAUGGAAUAUAUUAAGUCCAUUGCCAUAUCCGCUAGAAUCAGAAGAAGUACAGAAGAUUGGACAAUAACGCUUUCUAGGCUUAGCAGAGUGACUGGGUUUCCGUGGCCCGUGCUGAUUGAAGUUUUGGAUAUUCUGUUUGACAGACGGUUAACUGGAAAUGAAAAAGUACUUUCUUUGCCUGCCCAUAUAGUCUUAUUUAAAGCGAUUGGUCUUUUGUAUAGGAAAACAAAUCAUGCACUUUUAGCUGACUACAUUAUGUGGCAAGUCGUACGUCAUUACGUUGGUGGUCUUCCUAAUCAAUAUCGACCACCAAAAGGAGAUUUUUUAAUAAGCACCAACAUACCACGAUGGAAGCAGUGCAUCUAUGCCAUGUUGAUCCCCUUUGACAUGCCACUCGGCCUACUGUUUGUGGAUGUUCAUUUUAAUGAUGACGCUAAAGUUAAGAUCAGAGAAAUGAUCGAAAACACUAGAACUUCAUUUAUCCGCAAACUACCAACUCAAACUUGGAUGGACAAAAUAACUCAGGAGAAAGCAAAGGAAAAGGCGCUGGCAAUCGCCAUUGAGGAAAUUGGAUAUCCAGCGUACAUCAAGGAUCCUGUAAAACUCAAGGCACAGUAUGAUUCGCUCAAAGUAACAGACAGCCUGAUGGACAACAUGAAAGCCGCCAAUCAUUUACUUAGAAUGAGAACUUUAAAAAACUUUGAGCGCCCAGUGGACAAAAAAGAAUGGACAUUUGCAAGUCCGGCCAAAUACAAUGCUUUCUAUGCUCCUUUCUUGAACCGAAUAAUAUUCCUUGCUGGAAUUCUUCAAAAACCGAUGUACAGCCCAGGAUAUCCGAGCUACCUGAAUCAUGGUGGUAUAGGAAUGGUUAUAGGCCAUGAAAUCACGCAUGGUUUUGAUGGAACAGGUCGUUUGUUCGACAAGAAGGGCAAUUAUAAUAAUUGGUGGUCAGCUUCAUCUGCAGCAGCCUUUGUUUCCAAAGCAAAGUGUUUCGUCAAACAGUACAACAAGUAUAGAAUAUUUGAUAAAUAUGCAAAUGGAACUAUGACGCUGAACGAAAAUAUCGCAGACAACGGUGGCAUUAAACUGGCAUAUGAUGCUUACCAGCGAUGGACAAAGGAAAACGGGACUGAAAAAAUCCUGCCUGGUCUUGAUCUCAACCCUAACCAACUCUUUUUCUUGGGUUUUGCUCAGUCUUGGUGUAGUGUGUAUACCAAGGAGGGCGCUUACACUCAGUUGGACACUGACAACCAUUCCAAUGAAAAAUACAGAAUUCUUGGUCCACUGUCCAACUUCGAGAGGUUUUCUGAAGUUUUUAAGUGUAAACCAAACAGUGGCAUGAAUCCUGUGGACAGAUGUACAAUCUGGUAAAUCCGGUCAAACAGGUUCCUGGUUUGGUUGUUUCGCUUGUUGAAUAUAUACGGUUAAUCAGUCGUUUACACUGCACGCAUGCGCAAUACUUACCAUUCAAACAAUUAAUGCUCGAACAGUAAUUGAUUGUUGAUUGUUUGCGAUUAUUAUUCAACUUAUUAAUAAAAUAAAUAACUUAUCUUGUUUGUAAA